AUGCCGAGCGGCUACGCGAGCAACGGCAGCCAGGCGGGCAUACCUUUGGACAAGAACUUACCGGACGACAAGGACUCUUCGGCGGGAUGCUACGAACAGCUGCUCAUCUCCACCGAGGUUUUCCUGACCCUGGGAAUCAUCAGCCUGCUCGAGAACAUUCUAGUCGUCGCAGCGAUCAUCAAAAACAAAAACCUGCACUCGCCGAUGUACUUUUUCAUUUGCAGCUUGGCCGUGGCGGACAUGCUCGUCAGCGUGUCCAACGCUUCGGAGACGAUCGUGAUUGCGCUGAUAAACGGCGGCACCGUCACGAUCCCGGGGACGCUCAUACGGAGCAUGGACAACGUUUUCGACUCGCUCAUUUGCAGUUCACUUUUAGCGUCGAUUUGUAGCCUUCUCGCCAUCGCCGUCGACCGCUACAUUACGAUUUUUUACGCGCUGCGGUACCACAACAUCGUGACGAUUCGCCGCGCCAUGCUGGUGAUUACCGUGAUCUGGACGGUGUGUACGAUUUCCGGGAUUUUGUUUAUCAUCUAUUCCGAAAGCACGACGGUUCUCAUUUGCCUCAUCACGAUGUUUUUCACGAUGCUGGUGCUCAUGGCGUCGCUGUACGUGCACAUGUUUUUGUUGGCGCGGCUGCACAUGAAGCGGAUCGCGGCGCUCCCGGGAAACGCGCCGAUCCAGCAGCGCGCCAACAUGAAGGGGGCGAUCACGUUGACGAUUCUGCUGGGCGUUUUCGUCGUGUGCUGGGCGCCGUUUUUCCUCCACCUCAUCCUGAUGAUUACGUGCCCGCGGAACCCGUACUGCACGUGCUUCAUGUCGCACUUCAACAUGUACCUCAUCCUCAUCAUGUGCAACUCCGUGAUCGAUCCCAUCAUCUACGCUUUCCGGAGUCAAGAAAUGCGGAAAACGUUCAAGGAGAUCUUCUGCUGCUCCCACGCUUUUCUCUGCAUUUAA